CUUAUUGAGCUGUGUCACUCAUUGGCCGAGUCACGCAUCUAGCAUCUACCUCUGUCCCUCUGCGUGACGUGCGUAAUUACGCACCGCUGCUUUUUAGGCCCACCUCUCCGCAACAUUUUGCAUCGCAAUGAUGUGCAUAUAUUGGGCUAGGAGUGUGUGAGGUUGAUUAAAACUGGAGGGUAUCGCCACCGUGGAGAGGAAGAGGCUCCUUUAAAUAAAUCCACUCGCCCUCGGUGGCGCGUAGAGAGAGAGAGCUCCAGUAAACAACAACACGGUUCUGGGAAGUCUUUUAGCGGCUUCGGAUCUUCACUGGAAGGUAAUUGCUGGGAUUAAACUCUUUCUAGAUGUGUAGGAGGCGUUUAACCUUGCUGGGAAGCGUAUUUCUUCUUAUAUCUCGGUUAGGAGUGUUGACAGGGUUGUGACGCUCAUAAAGACAAUCCCAACGCUGUAUUGUGAUCAAUAUAUUCAUCGCUGCCAUUGCGGAAGUGGAAGAGCAACACAAAACAAGUCGCCUUCGUGCUGUGGGGACAUCCAGUGGCCAAAGUAGGUACUGCAGCUCUUUGCAGCUAUGUACGGGUCGUCCGGCAUCCCCGAGCUCAUUCCACCCACAGCACCGCCCCUGCAGCCCGGCGAGGGGGGGCAGCACGGCCCGGGUCACGGCCAGGGCAGCGGCCCCAACGGCCCCAACCCCCAGAGGCUGGGCCAGAGGGCCCCCAAACUCGGCCAGAUUGGUCGCUCCAAGAAAGUGGACUUGGACGAUGAAGUGCUGGACGACAUCAUGAACAACAAUGGCCAAUGUCCCGUGUCCAUCCCCAUGUCCUGAAUGAGGAACUCCACCACAAUGUCUCCAUGUUUGAUGCCCAGUGUCUCCAGUGAAGGGAUGUGAUGGCACAACAAGGCCCAAAGAGGGGAGGAGCCAACGCCUUCAUUGUAAAUCAUUUCACCUCUUUCCAGACUUUUCACGGGUCUGUUUGCGCCCCCCCCCCUCAUCUCGGGAGGUCCGAGUUGACUUCUUGACGACAGCUGCUUGUGUGGAGUUGCACUGAUGGAGUGUUUUGGUAAGAAGCUGUGAUGGCGUUGAAGCACCCUGCUGGCCUGCAGGUGGAGUGUCAUACUGGUCAAGUGCUUUCUGUUUUAAACAGUAAAUGAAAGCUUCUUAUUUAUAACAUUUCAUGGAAAAACUACUGAUUUCUGUUAAAAUAUGAAGCAAAACACUGUUGUGCCGGGUUUUUUUUCCAAAGUGUAAUUUCUAAAUGGUUAUUUUUGUUGGUUUGCACAUUGUGGGAAUGCUUUACGUUACGUGCAGUGACGAGUUGCAUACUUCUAUGCAUGGAGUCUGUAAGAGCAUCAUCCCCAAACUCAGUGUUCCCCGUCUCUAAAGGGCUACAAGUAUGUGGUAGUAUUUUUUCUCAUUGCACCGCUGUGGCCUGCAUGCUGACGGCCGAGUCGCUGUGGCAACCGGGGGACGGCGGGUAUAAACAUGUACAGUUGUGAAUGUUUCAUUGGACAGGACAAGACAAUCACAUCCUCAUGAGAAGCACCAAAUAAAUAAAUUACUUUUAAUUGUUGUUGUCCAGAGAUGCUUGUGUUGAUUAAAUGUGACUUAUUUAUUUUUUAAUUCUUUAACAACUACUAUAUAUUUUUUUAAUUUGAAAUGUGUCUGCUGUUUGCAUGCAGGGAAGUGGUUAAUUGUUCAAACUGCAUCCAGGGAAAUAAAAGACAUAUCUUCUUGGGAUAUUUGUUGUUUUUUUUAACAGAUUGUAUUUAAAACACCCAACAAUUGUAACAAUGAGUUGUUUUUAGUUCAGCAGGUGUCCACAAUGUGACAGGUUUCACAUAGCAUGCUGCAAUGAAUGAUGUUUAACACGUUAGUGUGGAGCUGGUAUUUUUAUCCAAGACAUCAGUUUGUGGUUUGGUUGUGUGUGUUGUGUAUGACAUCACCAUUUAUAAUGUUACACAACCUUUAUUUUUGACAUACAUAUGCUAUACAUGCAAGAGUAUUUAAUGUAAAAAAAAACAAACAAACUCGGAAGUGUAAAAGUUCUUCUACAUUUGGCAAAAAUAAAUAGUUGCAAACUCA